CUGAAUGCGAUGGCGGACUGCUAUGUCCCCAGACCUUACCAGAGAUCGAAGGGAGAAAGUCAUUGAAUUUGCACCGGAACCGUUAUAUCGUAAUCAAACCACCUGUUAUAGGGCGGGAGGAUUCUUUUCCGCCAUCCCUCUUAAGAAUAGUAUGGGACAGAGUUAAUUUGGAGUACGUUAUUUUGGACAAGACAGAGUGCGCUAGUGCAGGCUGCCGCAUGCGAGCCAGCAAGUUGACAGAUAUAACAAAACUCGAGUCAACAGGGGACAGUCCUAAAAGGAAUUACGGAGGUUGAAGAUAUAGCUGCUCCAACAAAAUGAAAUUCGCGGAGCACCUUUCGUCUCAUAUUACUCCGGAAUGGAGGAAACAGUACCUUCAGUAUGAGGCGUUCAAGAGUAUGCUGUAUGCAGCCCAGGACCAGGCCCCAUCCAUAGAAGUCACAGAUGAAGACACUGUCAAGAGAUACUACGCCAAGUUUGAGGAGAAGUUUUUCCAGAAUUGUGAGAAAGAGCUUCUGAAGAUCAACACAUUCUAUUCAGAGAAACUUGCUGAAGCACAGAGGCGUUUCGCCACCCUGCAGAAUGAGCUGCAGUCGUCUCUGGAUGCACAGCGGGAGAGCAAUGCCCCAGGCCUCCGCAAACGCAAGACGGUGUUCCACCUGUCCCAGGAGGAGCGCUGCAAACACCGCAACAUCAAGGACCUGCAGCUGGCCUUCUCCGAGUUCUACCUCAGCCUCAUCCUGCUGCAGAACUACCAGAAUCUGAACUUCACAGGUUUCCGUAAAAUCCUGAAGAAGCAUGAUAAGAUCCUGGAGACCCCCCGCGGGGCUGACUGGCGUGUGGCCCAUGUGGAGGUGGCCCCUUUCUACACCUGUAAGAAGAUCACUCAGCUCAUCUCUGAGACAGAGGCUUUGGUGACCACAGAGCUGGAGGGAGGGGACCGUCAGAAAGCCAUGAAGAGGCUGAGAGUGCCUCCACUGGGGGCAGCACAGCCUGCUCUAGCCUGGACUACCUUCCGCGUUGGCCUCUACUGUGGGGUCUUCAUAGUCCUCGCUAUCUCCUUCCUCCUCACUGGUGCUGUACUCAUCCGGUAUGAGAACGUGUGGCCUCUGGUGCGUAUCUACCGAGGUGGCUUCCUGCUGAUUGAAUUCCUCUUCCUGUUGGGCAUUAACACCUACGGCUGGCGCCAGGCGGGGGUCAACCACGUGCUCAUCUUCGAGUUGAACCCUCGCAGCAACCUCUCCCACCAGCACCUGUUUGAGAUUGCUGGUUUCCUGGGGGUGCUGUGGUGUUUGAGCAUCCUGUCCUGUCUGUACUCUGAGUACACCAUGCUGCCCAUGCAGGUCAACCCUCUCAUCCUCUACGGCUUCAUGCUCCUCUUCCUCAUCAACCCCUUCAAGACUGGCUACUACAAGUCCCGCUUCUGGCUGCUCAAACUGCUGUUCCGUGUGUUCACAGCGCCGUUCCACCGCGUGGAGUUUGCAGACUUCUGGCUGGCCGACCAGCUCAACUCUCUGGUGAUUGUACUGAUGGACCUGGAGUAUCUCAUCUGCUUCUACAGCUUUGAGCUCAAAUGGACCGACCGCAAAGGCCUCCUGCCCAUGUUCAACGGUGAUUACACGUGCCAUAGUUACUCCUACGGUCUCCGUGCCAUCAUCCAGUGUCUGCCCGCUUGGUUCCGUUUCGUGCAGUGCCUCCGUCGGUACCGCGACACCAAGCGAGCUUUCCCUCACCUUGUCAACGCUGGCAAAUACUCCACCACUUUCUUUGUGGUCACCUUCGCCGCUCUCUACAGCACCCACAAAGAACAAAAGCAUUCUGAUGCAGACAUGUUCUUCUACCUGCUGAUGGUGUUCUCAGCCGUCAGCUCCCUGUACACACUGAUCUGGGACCUGAAGAUGGACUGGGGCCUGUUCGACCGUGGAGCAGGAGAGAACACCUUCCUCAGGGAGGAGAUCGUCUACCCACAGAAAGCAUACUACUACUGUGCCAUCAUAGAGGACGUGAUCCUGCGUUUCGCCUGGACCAUCCAGAUCUCCCUCACCACCAUGACCAACAUCCCCUCUGUGGGAGACAUUGUGGGCACAGUGCUGGCGCCUCUAGAGGUGUUCAGGCGUUUUGUCUGGAACUUCUUCCGUCUGGAGAACGAGCACCUGAAUAACUGUGGUGAGUUCCGUGCCGUGAGGGACAUCUCAGUGGCUCCGCUGAAUGCUGACGACCAGACACUGCUGGAGCAGAUGAUGGACCAGGAGGAUGGAGUCAGGAACCGCCAGGGCAAGAAGAGCUGGAAGCGCAGCUACAGCCUGUCUCUACGACGCCCUCUGAUGUCCUCUCAAUCAUCCAAGAAGGACACCAAGGUGUUGAUAGAGGAUACGGAUGAUGAGGCCUUCAGCUGAGCCCAGGGCACCAGCUCUACACCCCCAGUGAUCUUAUCACUCCAUCACAGAGCUGCCUCACCACACACACACACACACACACACACACACACACACACACACACACACACACACACACACACACACACACACACACACACACACACACACACACACACACACACACACACACACACACACACAUAGGCAGACAGACAGACAGACACAAACGAAUACAUACAUGCAGUGACACACACAACAAUUAACUUACUCAAGCACAAUCUCAGUAUAUGAUAUUGGUAUAGAUGAGGUGGAAUUACACACACAGUUCUGUUGUUCAGACCAAGAGGGAUACACACAGGAACAUAUUGGAGAAAAAACACCCAGACCUGGGGUUUUCCAAUGAGUACUUUUAUUUAUUUUUAACAGACUCCUUUAGUUUCUUUAUGUUAAUACGUUUUAGUUUGUAUGUUUGUUUUUGUAGUUCUUUGCCAUUUUUAAAGAUGUAAUAAUAGAGAAUAAACAACUGUUUACAUGCAUUUAGUCUAUCAGGAUCAACAGGGAUAAGACAUAUGAAUCAAAAAGACUAAUAAUAAUAACCAACCCGAGCAUGGACUCUGCAACAUUAACCUCAGCACAUCAACAUUAACCGCAGCACAUCAACAUUAACCGCAGCACAUCAACAUUAACCGCAGCACAUCAACAUUAACCGCAGCACAUCAACAUUAACCGCAGCACAUCAACCCCAUCAACUGGUUUCAACCUGUUGCUUCUUUUUCUACUCUGCGUUUUGGGUUGAUUUUUUAAAAAUUAUUGAGUUGUAAUAAUGAAGUCGGUGUAAAACCCUGGCGGCACUUGCAGGAAAAGUGCAUUUCAUACAAACAAACCAAAACAACUUGCACAAAAAUAUCAUUUGAACAUAUGAGUCUGUUAAAGUUGCUUUGUAUAUUUGUUAAUGUGCGUUAUUUGGAUGUCAGAACUAUUAUGUACCCCAUGUAUUAUUUAGAAGAAUGACAAUAGCUUGAGCAUCUGUGCAAUGAUAUUGAUGUGUUUCUCAAUGGUGGGAAUGUUGUUAGACUUGUGCCAUGCUUUCUAGAAGCCGUUGUUGUCGAAGAGUACAAACUCUUCAGGUGGCUCAUUCUCCCUCUCAUACAAGCUUGGCCCACAGAUCAGUUAGUCAGCAACACGUUACAACUUCAAAGUUAUCUAAUUAGCUCAUGGCAAGUGCCCUACACGUGCAAAACUGUACUUUGCUUUUCUGCCAAACGUGUUAUUUUAAUGAAUGUCGUUCGCUGGCGUAUCAUCAACCAUCUAGCUAGCCUGAGAAGAAUGGUCUGUUCUGUGCGGCGGUGGAGUUGAGAAGACUGAGUGAGCGUUUUUUUCCAUUUCUCCGCCCUUUAGGAAAACGAUCCCAUUCUCUUUUGAUCAGUCAACAACUGAAACGGCACUGUUGACUGUUUUUCUAUUGCAGUGUUUUCUACUGAUGGUGUGGGGCUCUUUGCGUCUGUUCUGUUGUUUUGCUAUCAGCCUUCUCAGAACAGUGGCGACAGAGAUCAGCGGACAGUGACCAGCGUUUCCACUGGGGUUCCUCUGACCGCCCAAGUGGGUCAUGUGGAAUCUUCACAGGAUACUGUUGACAUCUGAAGAGGGCUUUUCCAUGGGAGGAAUCCCCUGGUUAAACAUGAGAUCAUCGUGUCAUGUCUGCUAGCCCUCGCACUCUCCAAGUAACAGUCCUCACCCUGAUCACUGUCUUCUCUCCGAAAGAUCUACCACUUUUACAACAUAGCUGCUGCAUCACCACUUUUGAAUAUAGAAUGCAUGCGUCAUGUACAGUAUCAUAGGCCCUGGGACUCUGCAUGUGUUGUUUUACUACUGGUAGUGUUUGUCAGGCUUAUUGACUAGAACAGGGACCAAGUGUGUGAGUCGUGUCUCUGCUGUGUCAGGUGAUCUCUAAUCCUGGAAAGACCUUGCUGUGAAACAGUAGUUCUCGGAUCAGAUAGCCAUGAUUCAACGGGCCUGUCCUCCUUGGGUUGUAAAGGCCUGCAGUAUUUACUGGGUUUUAAGGGUUAGUUCAUAGUUUCAAGUCUCAGUGGCCAAACAUUCUGUUGAAGGUGAGGGUGAUUUCUGUUACCAACUCAUUCUACAGUACAUGUCAGUUUCUCUUGUUUUUUUUUGGGCAAUGCACUUAUCAACAAAGCUCAUGAUUUUGCUGUAAUGUUUGCUUUAAUGUACUUUUUAUAACUUAGUGAAUUUUGGUUUUGCCAAGAAAAAUAACACCAUGGAAAUUGUACAACUGUUAGCGCUCUUUUUGUUUGUCUAGUUUGUCACAUGCAUGCUUUACUUGUAGACAAAUAUUAUUUGCGAGCACAAUCUUUAUCGGCUGUAACUCUGAAAGUGGAUGAGCCCCUUUCUGUGGGCUUUCUGGCUUUUCUAAGGAAGGAUAAGUGUCACUACCUGUUUCUCUCCCCUCCCAGUGUGUGAAAUCCUGUCUCUCUCACUCUGUGGCUUAGCUGUUGACAUGAUGCAGUAGCCAUGAGUUGAUCAGCACGAGCUCGUCUUUAUUGUUUAGACUAUGGACGUGUCUAAUGAUAAAUUACGGUUGGGGACCCAGCACAAAAUCUGUGUAAAUUGCAAAGUCCAUAGGCUACAAAAUGUGUUACAAAUGCUUAAAAGUGCCAUCAACAAGCAGAAUGACAUACAAUGGCUUGUGCCUUUGAGAUAUAUUUCUUAUUGUGGUGAGGAUUGUAGUCAGAAAGACAUAUGGCACUUAGGGAUGUGCCAUGGCGUCUGGUACGUCAUUAAUACCACUAUCACAAAACACACAAUUCAAUUAUUCUAACUACAGAGUGCGUCCUCUUUGUUGUAAGUAUAGUUGCUCCCACUUUCUUCUCUUCCCAUACGAUAACUACUGAACAGGCCAGUCAACCAGCCUUUCCACCAAAAAACACUGCUGCAAGGAUGCCUUUACAUUCCUUGUAGCUUUUGCAUUUCAGGCCUUUUAAAGCAACACAAAACACAAAUACACACUGUUUAAUCUCAUCUAAACCUCCCUCCAACAUUGUCCUCUUGUCAGAGAGCAAAAACUUCUCCCUCCAACUUCGUGAUUGCUUUAGUAUCGCUCUACCGAUUGUCUUGCCUGCAUGCUGGUUUUGUUUUCCACUGUACAUAUCUUUAUUUAUUUUUCACUGUAUGAAGAACACUGAUUAUUCUAGCUGUUCUGAUCAUUCUUGAUUCCAUACAGUGCAUUCAGAAAGUAUUCAAACCACUUCCAUUUGACACUUUGUUACGUUACAGCCUCAUUCUAAAAUAGUUAUUUUUCCUCAUCAAGCUACACACAUUACCCCAUAAUGACGAAGCAA